CAGAGAUAAGCCCCCUGCCAACAUCCUCCCUUUAUUUCGGGCUUUUUGUUUGUUUUUGUCCUGACACAAAAAAAGAAAAGCUCCCCUGGGGACUGCUGCUGCGGAGGCAAGCGUAAGAGGCAGGGUGGUGAUGACAGAGGAAAGGUGUCCCAAAGUGGAGCAGUAUGUUGGCGAAAUUAAAGGUGGCCUGAGACCAGCCAUGAAACUCACAGUCAUAGGAAUGGUACACUCCAACCCCAAGAGCUUUUCAGUGACUCUGCUCUGUGAUCCACUGGAUAUGAACAAAGAUGUUGGGCUGUUAUUUACAGUUAACUUUAGCGACAAAUCCAUCACCCGAAAUGCACGAAUUGCUGGGAAAUGGGGAAGAGAAGAGAAGACUAUUCCCUACUUUCCAUUUACAGCAGGCGACACAUUUAAGAUGGAGCUCUUAUGUGAACACCAGCAAAUACGAGUCUUGCUUGAUGGACGGCAGCUCUGUGACUUCACUCACCGCAUCCAGCCGCUGAACUUGGUGAAAGCUUUGCAGAUCUCAGGGGACAUCAAGCUUACCAAAGUAGCUUGAAAAAAAGGACGCCACAAUAUUA